UUUCACUGUACCUCGGGAACCACCGCCACCUCCAGCAGAGGUGAAGUUCUUUCCCAAGAAACACAGUUCAAAGGGGAAAAGCAGAAGGCCAAGAGGACAUCAUGAUAGGAAGGCCAUGAAAGUGACACCACCUUCGAGAGCCCGGAAAUCACUGUGGGAUUAUGACUUUUUAAUUUAUGAUGGUGUCAUAGACAAUACAGCCCCAGACUUCUUAGCAUUCAAGGAACAUUUUAGCUUAGCUUGGGGAGGUAUUUUUUCUCUCUUGGAACACGUUGAGAAGUUUCUCAGGAACUAUGCAAUACCAAAAGUCAAAAUAAAAGGGAAUAAUUUGGUGGCCCUCCUUCCAGAGUUUGAGCUGAAGAAUAAACUUACCAGAUAUGACCUUCUGUCAGUGUUAGAGGACCCAGCUCAUGUCCAAAUGCUGAUAAAUCUUCCAGGGCAAAGGUACAAGGGCCAAGAUGGAAAUUCGGAGGCCGCCAUGAAGAUCCAAGCCACAUGGAAAUGCUACAAAGCAAGAAAAUUCUUCCUCAUUUAUCGCCAGCAGAAGUGGGCAUCAGGUGUGAUUGCCAUUGCUUGGCUAUUACAUUGCCAUAAGACUCGACUAAAGAAGAUACUAAAGGAAUCACGUCAGAGACACCUGGAGAAUUUCCGCAUUCGAGCCAAGCAUCUGGCAGCCAACUGGAAUCGCAUCAGGACCUCCAGGAGGACUAUUAUCCAUAUCCCAUCAUUAGGGUAUUCCCAGCCUGUGAGAGAACAUAUUGCCGAUUUCAACACACAGCAGAACACGCAGCUGGGGAGGCUGUGUGACAUCUUAGAUGCCAAUGUGAAUGUCAUCUACAUCUGCUCCCAUCAUAUGAAUGAUGAGUUAGUGCUGUAUUACAAACAAAUCCUAAGUCUACAUGCAGCCGUCAAAUCGGGGAACCUUGAGGACAGAAGUGACCUGCAGGACAGGAUCAAAAUUAUCACCCCUGAAGCUGUAAACAUCUUCCCCAUGAUAGAGCAGCUGAGUCAGCUGAUAACUGAUCACCUGCAAAUACAGCGCUGGCUCUUUAAAAUGGACUCUGAGUUCCGAGGAAAUGGGACUGCAUUUUGUGAUAUUCCUUCCUACCUAAAGUGCUACAAAUGGGUGCUCAAGGAGAGUAGCAGAUAUGGCCUUGAAGACUGGAGAAAGAAAUGGGCACAAGAGCCAGCUUUGGUGAAGAUCUCCGAGGAGCUGGCGGGCAUUUUAGCACAGCACGCACAGCCAGUCAAUGAGAAACGGUUCCCGACGUGGAGGAAAUUCCUCCAAACAUUUCUCAGUCAAGGGGGUGUGAUCGAAGCAUUCCCACCUGCAGACAGCAUCACCAACCUGACAGUGGACAUGCUGAUAGAGCCCAACGGGAAAAUCAGCGUGCUAUCAACAGGGGACCAGCUUCAUGCCGACAGCCCCUUCAUCUCCUCCGGUACCACCGUGCCUCAGACCUCAGUGGAUCCCCAAGUUCUCACUUAUUUGUGCCUCCAAAUUGGAAAAGCCUGCAGAAUGAGAGAUGUGGUUGGUUACUUUUCCAUAGAUCUGGUGACUUUUAUUGAUCCAAGCACCUUGGAACAGCAGGUGUGGGCAACGGGCCUUAACCUUGCAUAUAGUGACCAGCUGGCCCUGACUCAACUCACCUUAUACCUGACAAACGGCCAUCUGGAUUGCAGUUUGAGCACCCUGGAAGUGCCCCGCUUUGUUCCAAAGGAAAAGAAGAAAACCAACCGCAUUAGUGCGCUCUCAGUGCCGACGCUGGCAACCAGUCGUUAUGCAGUGAUGACAACCCAGCUAAGACACAGCAAUCUCUCACUGGUUUUCCACUACGUUUUUCUUCAGAUCUGUAGGGCCCAUGGCAUUGGCUAUGAUCUGGAGGACAGGCAAGGAACUGUUUUUAUAUUAUAUGAGCACAUGAAGAGACACAAGUUGGGAAUGUUAACAAUCGGCGAGGAUCUCCAGGGGGUCCUCAUGACCUUUGCUCGCAAUCUCUUCAUCAUCCAUCAAGAAAUAUCAGCACCUAAUAUGCAAGGCGAGACCAAUUUUAAGACCAGCAUUGCUGAUAUUGAAACUAUUCUAAGAGUAACAAAGGAAAACAAAAUGAGAUAUGAAGAGGAGCAACAGUCCAAAGAUGAUAAAAAUCUCUCUAAACCCAAGAAAUAAUCCUGGAAUAUAAUCUCUCUCAUCCAUUCGAGGGGCCCAUUGUCCAGACACUUGACAGAUAGGAAGUACUACAUGCCCAUUAGAGUCGCGCCUCGAUUGAAGCCAGAGCAACAUAAGGUCCAAGAGACUCAUUAGUUCACUGGCACAAUCGUGUCCUGAGAGUAAAUGAAACCCUCUGUCUCCUUAUGGCUCUCAUCUGCUCUGGACUUUAAAAGAAAACUGUCUCCGUUUUGUUCGGCACAGUAGUGGAUCAUUCACAUGGCGAGAACCCCUGCUUAACAGUACAAAACUGUUAAAUCUAUCGGGAAGUUUUGCAUGUGAAUUUUGAUUAGCACUCCCGAGGCUCAAGCUGCUGGCAAUAGCGAAACGAGUUCGCCAU